AUGAAAAUCUUUUUCUUUUCUACUCUGAUCAUCGUAAUUUCGUUUACAAAUGGCAAAUUCGUUUCCGAUGAAAAUCUUCGAACAGAAAUAAUUAUGAAAAAUAUAGACGCAUGUAUAAAAUGGGACAAGAAUGAACCAAAUCCGGAACCUCUUUUGCAGAAAAUACGUGAUUGUCCUUGUAUUAUUCCAACUAGUUUUCCAAAAGAAAUUUAUGAUGGAGCAGAAACUUGGAAAACAGAUGCCGGCUGUAUGGCAAGUAAACAACCAAAAACAUGCGAAUAUCAUAAAGGUGCAUAUGGAUGCUAUCGCCAUGCGUUUAAAAGUUCAGGACCUGGUGCUCAGUGUUGUUAUGAUAAAGCUGGUAAUUGGAUGAGUGAUCCAUUUCAAGGUGCUGGAACAUUAGAUCGUGAACGUGCACCAGACUCUAUAUUAAGCUUGAUUCAAUUGAAAAAACACAAUGAUCACGAUGUUAUACCAUGGAAUAAUUGUUGUAAAAAUACGGGUAUGGCAGUAGAUUAUUGUCGACUUUAUUUUAAUAAACGACCACCUGGUAAAUGUCAAAAUUAUAUUCUUUGA